GCGCUCUAGAAGCGUCGAACGAGCUGCGUCACACAGGGCGAGAAGCGAGGACAGAGACACGCGAGGAGGAGUGCUGCUCGUGCUCGGCUUUUCACUUCAUUCAAAAAAAAAAAACACACAAAACAACAACCCGUUCAGAAAAGAAACCCCCCGACAGAGACCGAGAUGCAGCCAGCUACUGGAAAGUGGUAUGACAGAAGGGACUCAGUCUUUAUUGAGUUUUGUGUUGAAGACAGUAAAGAUGUCAAAGUUAAUUUUGAAAACUCAAAGCUUAGUUUCAGUUGUCUUGGAGGAGUAGAUAAUGUUAAAUAUCUAAAUGAACUUGACCUUUUUGAUGCAGUUGAUCCAAAUGUAUCCAAACACAAACGUACUGACAGAUCUGUUUUGUGCUGUUUACGGAAAGCUGAAGCUGGCAAGUCGUGGCCUAGGGUCACAAAAGACAAGACAAAGCUGAACUGGCUCAGCGUUGAUUUCAAUAACUGGAAAGACUGGGAAGAUGAUUCAGAUGAAGAAGUGUCCAGCUUUGAUCGCUUCUCAGAUAUGAUGAACAACAUGGGAGGUGGUGAAGAUGACUUGCCAGAUGUCGAUGGAGCAGAGGAUGAGGAAUCUGCUGAUAGUGAUGAUGAAAAAAUGCCAGAUCUGGAGUAAAGAAACAUAUGAAUACUUAUACAGCUGGAAAGAAGAAUUCACAACUGUUAAACAAAAAAACAAAAAAAAACAAACUAGAUUUGAGUUGGUAGCUGUACCAGACUGUUUCUUGCAUCUUUUAAAGCCAUUCUCACCCAGUAUAAAAGGCUUCACUGAGGGUUGAUACACACCAUUGUACUGGCCUGUCUUAACUCCAUUGACAGUGCUGUACUUAAAUGUUUUGUUUAUGCAUGGGAUAGUACCAGACUCUUCAUAAUGAAUAGUUAUUUGUUUAAAAACAAGCUAUGGUGAAAGGUGUGUGAAAAGGUUUGACAUGAAGUGUACAAAUUAAAAAUAAACCAAUUGUUCUUUUUACGAUUCACUAUCACUUGGGUAAUAUAUUUAAGUUGUCUGGGAUUGUUCUGAUGUCCUGAUUUAUCAAAAAAGAAACAACUGAAGGAUUUCGCAAACUACAGAAUCAAUUCAAUGGUUUGACGUUCUAGUAGCAUUCGUUCAUGGUGUUGUCUGAAAUUCAUUUUUCCACAUCCUUUCGUCAUCUAAGACAGAGUUCUUGGGUUGUUACAACAUAAGCAAUCUUAAGUGUUGUGAUAAAACUGCAAAUAAAGGGAGCGACUCCCUUUUCCACAUUCUUAGUAAACUUUUUAAUAUGUAGGAUUUAAGCAUUUUUUAAUCCUGAUACAGUAGAGUUUAUUUUUUGUAGUGGUGCCUGCUUACAUAUCCAUCGCAAAUUGAUGUUUUUUUUCCAGGUAAUUGGUUUUAAUUGCAACGUUAAGUAAAUUAAUUUAUAAAACAUGUUUAAAUAUUACAUCCACUACUAUAUUGUGCUAAUCCCAACUACUGCAAGUAGUUACCAUGUGUUAAAUUGUUUUAUCAGAGUAAAAGGAUGCAGUUACUUUGAGACAAAUUGACAAUGCACAUUUCUUGCUUCCAAAAAGAAAACAUUUUGAAGAUCAAUAAUGAAGCCUGUACAUUUUGGUAUUUGACCCUCGGACCUACACAACUGUUUAGCAGAGUAACUGCAGCUGUAUAUGUGUUGCUUCUGUCUCUUGAAAAAGUGAACUAUAUAUACAUUUAGAUGACCAAAUUGUAUUUGCACUGUCAGAACAAGAAUACAAGUGAUUUAAAAAAAAAAAAAAAAACUGUUCACGGUAUGUGUGUCAGCCUGCCGGUUGGAGAACUUCAGUUUAUGUUGAAUGCAGUGGAUUUUUUUUUUUUGUUGUUGUCUACAUCUUUCUAAUAAACUGUGUGAGACUCA